GGUGGUGGUGGGAAACGUUUGAUGUGAGGUCCCUCGGGUCAUGUUCUGGACAGCACACAGACACAUGGCAUCAACGGAUGGUAUGAACAGUUUGUCCUCGCCAAUCGAUGUAUUACAGCCCUGGAGGUCAUGAUUCCACUCCGAGAUCGAGUGUGACUUCUACAGUGCACCCGGUUCUCCCAAAACACCCCAAAACAUUCCAUCGUCUUCUUAUCACCAGCAGACCGCCAAUUCCACCAUCCGGUGUACAUGCUCUGCUGUACAUGCGAUCUUUCAUGAAUGCACAGAUGCGUGCAUGCAGGAAGCACGACAUGUACAUAUACACACAUGGGAUGGAUUUGUUGCAGCAGGAGGCCAGGCAGAUAGACCACACAACGGGCUAUACGUCGAUGAUGCGGUGCGGCUGUCAUGGUCCUCAUCACAGUAACUGUGUGACGCCAACCAUAGCAACGACUCGGCCUCGGCGAACGAAUGUGUUGACGGGAGAACUAUCUUUCAACACACAAAGUUGGGCUCGAUUUCUGCAGAAAGCUUGUAUCCACGUCCCAUGCACGCCCGGCGAUCGACCAUGUCGGCGCACCUGUAUUCACAGCCCGAGGUGGGAAUCACUCCGGUGCGGGAGAGGCAGCCUGGAUCGAGCAUCUCCAUCCAGAAAAGUCAACAGGAAUCCUACCGGUGAAGAGGAUUCUGGAUCGAUGCUGCUGUGCUGCAUCUUCACAUGCGUGUCUGCCUGCGCGCCUGCCUCUGCCUCCGCCUCUGUCCCACUUCGUUGGGCCUCCAUUGGGUGCAGUAGCGUCGGAGGCCAGCCCUGCGGGAAAAGCCUCCCUGCUCAUCGGGCCUCCAGGGCCCUCCCCACUCGAUAUUGUCCAGAACAUUGCGAAAGAGAGACGAGAGCUUGAAAUGUUGAGGCGAACUAAGCCAGAUGUUCAUAGUCGAUGAGGCGCAAUGUAUAUAGCGAGCAGGAGAGUGAAUCCGCCGAGGAAGAAAACCUGGGACGCAUGCACUCACGACAUCAAGAUGGAUCCCAUUGGCGGGGGCUCGC